AUGGCCCCUACCGAUCCCGUCACCGUCUCCAAAGACGCCCUCGCCUCGCACCAACCCAUUGUAAUCUCCGGCCCCUCAGGCGCAGGUAAAUCUACAAUUCUCUCGCGCCUCUUCGAAGAGUACCCCGGCAAAUUCGGCUUCAGCAUAUCGCACACGACACGCGGCCCGCGAGGAACCGAGCAAAACGGCAAGGAGUACUACUUUGUGACCAAGGAGGAAUUCCAGGACCUAAUUGAGAAGAAAGGCUUUGUAGAGCAUGCGCAGUUUGGAGGCAACUACUAUGGAACCAGUGUGAAGGCUGUAAACGACAUUGCGGAGAAAGGUCAGAUUUGUAUCUUGGAUAUUGAGAUGGAGGGCGUCAAGCAAGUUGCGAACCACCCUACCUUCCCUCGCCCGCGGUUCCUGUUCCUCCAGCCACCAUCCAUGGAGAUUUUGGAGAAGCGACUGAGGAGUCGAGCAACAGACAAGGAGGAGGCUAUUCUAAAGAGACUGAACCAGGCAAAGGUUGAGAUGGAGUUUGCGCACAGUGGACAAGCGCCUCAUGACAAGAUUGUUAUCAACGAUGACUUAGAGAAGGCGUACGAGGAGGUCAAGGAGUUCAUCGUCGGGACUGAGGCAUGA